ACCCCUGAAGAAGGAAAGGUUCAUCUUUCAAAAGUGCUCGGGUUAUGGUUUUUUUAUUCAUUUCUAUCAAGGCUUCUUGAACCUAUGUGUUUUUCUAACAUUAUGAAUUAAAGAUCAUUAAACUAUAUAAAAAUUAAAUUAGGAGUAGAGAAGUACUGAUGACAUCAUCAUAUGUGUGUGGCAAGCUUUUUAAACUAUCAAACUAUGCAAAAUUGAAAUUAGGAGGAGGGAAGUAUGGACGACGUCACCAUAUUUGUAAGGAAGGGCUCUGAUUCGAGCCCGAGACUUCUUGCACACCAAGGGAGAUUUUGGGCUCAGACAUCUAAUGCUUCAGAUUCAUCCCAGCCUGUGAUUUCAAGCAGUAGCUGUCCAUUUAUAUUAUUGAGUCAUGGUCAUCUUUCCUUCAGUCCUGUGAAGUUCGGUUCUCAUUGGUCCAAUGCAUCUGACAGUCAAGUGCUAAAACCUCCAAAGCCUCCAGACAAACCACUUAUGCCUUACAUGAGAUAUAGUCAUAAGACAUGCUACAAAUGUGUUGACACCGCAACUGACCAAAAAGUGGUAGAAAGAAUACACGAGCAACUGAAAUACGAAAUGAUGACAACUGAUGAACAGCAGUUUUCGAAGUCAGAAGAUCGUGAUCAAGAACAGUCUUAUGAGCAGCAGGAAAUGGAUAUCUCCCAGUCAUCAAUAGACUCCACCAGCAACAUUCAAUCAGAAAAAGCAUGGAGAUAUUCUGAUAUCUAGUAGAUUGACGUGAAACCAGUUCAGAUGAAGGUUCCAGAAGAUAUUAACAGUGGUCAGGUGUGACAGCUUAUUAAUUAUAAAUGGAAGACAGUUCCUUUUUUUACUGGAAAAAAGUUUUAAAGAUUAAAAGAAAAAGCCAUAUUCGUGUGUUUAUAAUUUAUAUUCCAACUUAUUUACAUAUCACUUUAAUUGAUAAAGGAUUUCAGUCUUGUAAUAAAUAUGAUUUGGUUUCUUGGAAUCUUUGGAUCAGAUUUUGGCCUCAGAUGAAAGUUCUAUUGGAGACAGUAUUCAUCAGUUGACAAAAUCUAUCAAUUCUGAAGAGAAGAUAGAAGGUCAUUAUCAUCCAGAACAGUAGCAGAAUGUAGAAUCCCAUAACCAGUUGAAACUGCACGGUAGAGUUAUAAAUUUAAGUGGGGAUUUAAUUUUUGUGGUUAUGGGUUUAAAAUGGAAAUCUGGUUAUAUAGAGAAAACAUUUUCCCAACAUUUUGCUUAUUUAGUAUGUGUAAUAAGUUCCAAUGAUCCAAAAAUAUUUGAAUCUUAUUUAAACAGUUAUGGAAAUAAAAAUAAUGCACCUGUUCCAAACAUUACAUUAUUGACUACACCCACUGCUGAAUACUUUCAGUAAAAAUACAUCAUGUUACUUAUUAAGAUUGCUACCAGAAAUUAUUAUGCUGGAUGAAUUUCCAAAAAAAAGUAUAAAAAAGAAUACUGAUGUAAUACAAUAGUUGUAACCGACUGUAGGAAUACAUGUACUUGUUCACUCACCUAAGACAGGUUUAAAUAACUGUUUCAUAAAAGUUUUUGUAAAGGUGGG